AUUCUGGGCAGCUCCGAGGGCCGCAGCCGGGGACGGCGCCACGCGGGGGCCGAGCAGACGCGGCGGCGGCGGCGGGGCGCUCCGGGGAGGCCCGGGCCGCUGAUGGUUCUGGCGAAGUACCUUAAGGUAGCUGGGUCCACACCCUCUUCCCCACCUACCUCUUGUCCUCCCCCCACACCACCACCACCCUGGCUCCCCUCCCUCAUGACCGCCUGGAUCCUCCUUCCUGUCAGCCUGUCAGCAUUCUCCAUCACUGGCCUAUGGACUGUGUAUGCCAUGGCCGUGAUGAACCACCACGUGUGCCCCGUGGAGAACUGGUCCUACAACGAAUCCUGCUCUCCUGACCCCACUGAGCAAGGGGGCCCCAAGACCUGCUGCACCCUGGACGAUGUCCCCCUCAUCAGCAAGUGCGGCACAUACCCCCCAGAGAGCUGCCUCUUCAGCCUCAUUGGCAACGUGGGUGCUUUCAUGGUGGCCCUGAUCUGCCUACUGCGCUACGGGCAGCUCCUGGAGCAGAGCCGUCAUUCCUGGGUCAACACCACGACCUGCACCAACGCUGCGGGCCUGGUGGUGGUGGGCAACUUCCAGGUGGAUCACGCUAAAUCUCUGCACUACGUCGGAACCGGCGUAGCCUUCACUGCCGGGCUGCUCUUUGUCUGCCUGCACUGUGCCCUCUCCUAUCAUGGGGCCACUGCCCCCCAGGACCUGGCUGUGGCCUACCUGCGGAUUGUGCUGGCAGCCAUCGCCUUUGUCUCUCUGAUCCUCAGCGGGGUCUUCUUCAUCCACGAGAGUUCUCAGCUGCAGCACGGGGCAGCCCUGUGCGAGUGGGUGUUUGUCAUCGACAUCCUCAUCUUCUACGGCACCUUCAGCUAUGAGUUCGGGGCAGUCUCCUCGGAGACGCUGGUGGCCACGCUGCACCCUGCCCCCGGCCGGGCCUGCAAGUCGUCCGGAAGCAGCAGCACCUCCACACACCUCAACUGUGCCCCUGAGAGCGUCGCCAUGAUCUGAGGUCUGGGGAUGGUGGCUGGCCCGGCCUCCGCAGCUCCCCACCCCCGUUCUCUCCUUUGCAUUUAUUUUGUACCAAAAAACGAUUUUGAGAAAGUAUUCUGUUGGGACAGAGGCUUCCUCCCUCCUGGAGGAGUGGCCAUCCCACACCCACCUGUGCCAUACAGGAGCGGGCCCUGGCAGCUGCCCAAGCUGCGCACAGCCUGCUCCCCACACCGCAGUGUUAUUUUUAUGUUUUAAAGGUCACGUAUCCUCAUUCACCCAGCCAGCCCUUCAGGUGCCUUCUACUCCCCCAGUGCCACUGGGGUUUCCUGCUGCAGGAAUUGGGGGCUGGGGACAGCAGUCUGGGCGGGGGUGAGCACUCCUUGGUCUGUGGGAAGGCCCACUUCUGGGCCCACUGAGCUGCACUGGGAUUCUUCACUCUGUCCCUUUCUUUAGGGCAAAUAACAGCAGAACCGCGUGGGUAUUUUAGUACUUUUUUUAAUAUAUAUAUCUAUUAAAAGAAUUCUAAUUUG